AAUUAAAAAAAAACAAAUAUGGUGGAAACGCUGCUUGUGACCUCAUUGUUAAAAGGGCUCGUUCUUGAGCGAUACUGCUGGUAUUUAAUCUUGUUAAUUAUUUCAUGAGUAGAUGCUCUUUCUUUGGUAGUUAUAUAUCGCUUAGAAUUGUUGUAUUAAUGACCCAAUAUGAAGAUGGUGAUUCACAAUUAGAUGUCAAAGUUAAAAAAGCCACUGAAAGGAUCUCUGAAAACAUUCAUAUUGUUGCAAAUGAACCAUCAUUGGCGUUUUAUAGACUCCAAGAACAUGUUAGAAAGGCUUUACCUCCUAUGGUUGAGAAAAGAGUUGAAGUAACUAAACUUCAUCAUGAGUUACAAGGUAGAUGCUAUGAUGUAGAAUAUGCUGUCAGUGCAGUCCGCUCAAUACAUAAUGCUGAUACAAGUUUUCAGAGUAUUCAAGAACUUCUUAGAAAUGCUUUGUUUUUCAAACAACAGUUAAAGUAUAAGGAAUCACUCAAAACCAAGGAAUCAACUUCAGUAUAUAAAAGACUCUCGGCACAUAUAACAAUUGACCUCCCUGAUUUACCUGAAUUAUCUGAUGCUUUAAGAGAAACAGCAUCCAAAGUAGAAUCAAUGAUGGCUCAAGCACGUACAGCAAGUUUAGCAACUAAUGAUGGAAACUCAUAAUCACUCAACAUUUGUAUUCGAUUGGUUAACCUUAUAAAAUAUACAAUGCUUGAAUUAAGAAUAAAAACAUGUUUUAUGAUA